UUUAUUUAAACAAAAAUAUAAAAUUUUAUUUUAAAAAUUUGAUAAUUUGAAACAUAACUUGCUACAUGAAGAAUUUUGUUUGUAAUUUGUUAAGAAAAAUAUAUUCUUAUUAUUCGAUAAUAAUUUUCGCGAGUUAAGAAGAAAAAACAUAAAUAUUGAACAAUAAUCUUCAAAUUAAGCAUUAUAAUUUUUUAAAAUAUAUGUAUAUAAUAGGUUAAAACAUAGUGAGCUUGUUCGGAUGCUAGUGCGCUCGUUGACCAAUCACAUUAAUCAUUGAUACCAUGUCCAAGAAAAAAGGAGUUUCUCUUGAUGAGAAACGUAUGAGGAUGUUACAAAUAUUUUACGAGAGAAAAGAAUUUUUUACGCUGAAAGAACUCGAGAAAAUCGCACCAAUAGAAAAGAACAUUGUAGUACAAUCUGUCAAGGAUGUAUUACAAGCUUUAGUGGACGAUGGUUUAGUACGAUCUGAGAAAAUUGGCACUUCUACAUACUUUUGGAAAUUUCCAGGAGAAAAUAUUACCGCAACAGAGCGCAGGAUAGCUGAUACAAAUAAAAAAAUAGUAGAGACAGAAUUUCACCUUGAGAAACUAAAGAAAGAGCUACAGAAAGAGAAGGAACUGAAAAAUGAUACUGAAGAGAAAAGAAAACUAUUAGAGGAAGUGGAACAGCUGCGAAAAGAGGAACAGGAGAUAAAAAAGCAAAUUGCCAAAUUUAGUGGUGUCGAUCCAGAUGUAAUUACGGAAAUAAAUGAAAAAGCGCAGAGAUACAAAGAUGUGGCAAACAUAUGGACAGACAAUAUUUUUUCUAUACAGAGCUGGUGCAAGAAUAAAUUUGGCAUCUCAGAGCAAGAUCUUAACAAACAAUUUAAUAUUCCUGAGGACUUAGAUUACAAAGAAUGAAUCAGAUAGCUGUAAUCAUAUAAUUUCUGUCAAUAAACUUUUUCUAUGGACGUACCA